AUGGAAUACAGGCAUCUCGGACGUACCGGCCUUAAGGUCUCUGUUAUCAGUUUGGGAGGUUGGGUCACCUACGGUGGCCAUGUUGGUAAUGAGCUCGCCGAACAAUGCAUGAAGGCCGCCUACGAUGCUGGCAUCAACUUUUUCGACACCGCCGAGGCCUACGCCCGUGGUGAUUCCGAACGUGUCAUGGGCGAAGUAAUCAAGAAGUUCCAAUGGCCUCGCUGCGAUCUCGUCAUAUCUACAAAGAUCAACUGGGGCAGUCAUAAUGCCUCAAGCACCGAAAAGGCACAGAACUGCGUGGGCCUAUCACGGAAGCACGUUGUUGAGGGAUUGAAGGCUUCACUGGAGCGACUGCAGCUCGAGUAUGUCGACGUUGUGUACGCCCACCGACCGGACCGGGACACCCCCAUGGAGGAGGUAGUCAGAGGCUUCAACCACGUUAUCGAGAGGGGCUGGGCGUUCUACUGGGGAACAAGCGAGUGGACGUCAGAGGAGAUUGCGGAUGCGUGGAGGAUUGCGGACAAGCUAAACAUGAUUGGGCCAGUGGUCGAACAACCCCAGUACAAUCUUCUUACUCGUGACAAGGUCGAGAAGCAGUUUGCCCCUUUGUACGAAAAGCACGGACUUGGGAUUACGUGCUUCUCCCCCCUGAAGAUCGGUGUUCUCACUGGAAAAUACAACGAGUUCAAGAUCCCUGAGGGCUCUCGUCUCGCCACUGCCACCGACCCUUUCACUACUUCCGUUAGAGCCAAGUUCGAUAGCGACGAGGAGAUGAAGAAGAACAUCCAAGCUGCAAGGGACCUGAAGCCCAUUGCCGACGAACUCGGAAUCACCCAGGGACAGUUGGCACUUGCUUGGGUCAUCAAGAACCCCAGGCUCUCAAGCGCAAUCAUCGGCGCCAGCAAGCCGGAACAGAUAACGGAGAAUGUCGAGGCGCUCAAGCAUCUGGAUAAGCUGACGCCUGAGGUCAUGGAGCGGAUCGAGGCUGUGGUCAAGAACAAGCCUGUCCUUGAGCCCAGACGCUUCACUUAG